ACAAGACUCUCUCUGUACACUUCCUCUUCGGAAAACAUUGCUGAUCAGUAUUCGAUGCGCGUAGAAGGGAAAAGGUUAACACUGUAGAGUGCUUGGAAGAGAAAGACGCCAUGGAAGAAUCACCGAAGGUGGAAGAGGGAGAAGAGAGGCCUUUGCGCAUUGAAAACAACGAUGAAGAUGAGAAGGUUGCGUUAUCGGUAGGCAUGAAUCGGAAGGAGAAGAGGAAGGCGAUCAAGAAAUUGAAGCGGAAGCAAAUGAGGAUGGAGAUAGCAGCGAGGGAGCGCGAGGAAGAGGAGGCUCGGCUUAACGAUCCCGAGGAGCAGAAAAGAGCACUACAGAUGGAGCAGGAAGAGGCCGCGAGGAUUGAGAGGGAAAGGAAGCUGUUUGAGGAAAGAGAGAGGGCCUGGAUCGAGGCUAUGGAGAAGAAGAUGAAGGAGGCGGCGGAAGAAGAGCAGAGGAAGCUUCUCGAAGACACUCAGAAGCAACAGCAAGACAAGGAGACUGAAUUGGAUGAGGAUGAUGAAUGGGAAUAUGUGGAGGAAGGGCCCGCUGAAAUUAUUUGGCAAGGAAAUGAGAUCAUUUUUAAAAAGAAAAAAGUGAGGAUUCCCAAGAAGGAUUCGCUCCACCAAAUUAAAAGGGAGGAUGCCGAUAGACCUACAUCAAACCCUCUACCUCCAGAAUCUGAAGCUUUUGCUGAUUACACGAAUUCAUCAGCAGUUUCUGCACAGCAAGUUCUUGAGAGUGUUGCACAACAAGUGCCAAAUUUUGGAACUGAACAGGAUAAAGCUCACUGUCCCUUUCAUUUAAAAACUGGAGCAUGUCGAUUUGGUCAACGCUGUAGCAGAGUCCAUUUUUACCCUGAUAAAUCAAACACACUUCUUAUUAAAAACAUGUAUACUGGUCCUGGCCUUGUUUGGGAGCAAGAUGAGGGGCUUGAGUAUACAGAUGAAGAGGUGGAACGUAGUUUUGAAGAAUUUUAUGAGGAUGUUCACACAGAGUUCCUGAAGUUUGGAGAAAUUGUGAACUUUAAGGUGUGUAAAAAUGGCUCCUUUCACUUGCGAGGGAACGUCUAUGUGCAUUAUAAAUCAAUGGAUUCUGCUGUCCUUGCAUAUAACUCAAUCAGUAGUCGUUACUUUGCUGGAAAACAGAUAAGGUGUGAAUUUGUAAAUGUGACUAGAUGGAAGGUUGCAAUAUGUGGGGAGUAUAUGAAGUCAGGGUUCAAGGUGCAGUUAUGGUCAUGUCAAACUUGUUCUCACGGAUCAGCUUGCAAUUUUAUCCACUGUUUUCGUAAUCCUGGAGGAGAUUAUGCAUGGGCUGACUCUGACAAACCACCCCCAAAGUAUUGGGUGAAAAAGAUGGCAGCUUUAUUUGGUUAUUCUGAUGAACAUGAGAAAUUGAUGGAGCAAGAUGCUUUGAGUGCACUGAAGAACUCAAGCAAGAAACAAAAAGCAGAUUCAGAUAGGUACCGUUCAAGAAGAUCAAGGGAGAUUGGUGAGUUCAAUAACAGUGGUUCAGGUAGAAGAAGAAAACAUAGGAACGAACGAAAUCAGAGCAGAACUCCCAAUGAGGAAAUAUAUGAACAAAAUAUCAACUUGAAAGACUACCAUAACGGGAAAGGUGGAACUUCUGAUUCUGACUCUGAUAGAGAAUGGUCAGAUAAGGAAAAACGCCAUAAACACCAUAAACGCCAUAGAAGAAGCUCAGUUAAUAGGAACAAGGAUGAGGAGAGGAGCCAUGAAGGGUAUCAUGAUGUGAUGCAUGGGGACAGUAAAAACCAGCAUCAACACCAUAGAAAACGCUCAACUAACAGGAACGAGGGUGAUGAGAGAAGAAGCCAUGAAGGGUAUUCUGGUGAAGAUUCAGAUGCGACACCUAGGGACAGAAAACACCAUCAACACCGUAGAAAUUGCUCAAUUACUAGGAACAAGGGCGAUGAGAGGAGAAGCGAUGAAGGGUAUUCUGAUGUGGAUUCAGAUGCGGAACCUGGGGACAGAAAAAAACACUGUCAGCACCAUAGAAAAUGCGCAACUAAUCGUAAUGAGGGUGAUGAGAGAAGAAACCGUGAGGGGUAUUCUGAUGUUGAUUCAGAUGCUGUACCUGAGAACUGGAAAAAACAGCAUAGUAGUGAAAGAAGGAGCUCAAGAAAAAUGAAUAGAAACAAUGAUGAGGCUGGACGUGGGGAUUGGUCAGAUAGGAAUAGAGAUAGGAAAUGGCAUAGCAAAAGCAGAAGCUCUAGACAUAGGAGCAGGGACUACAGAUAUGCAACUAGUGAUACUGAAUCUGACGCUUGUUUAUUUGAUGGAGAUGGAGACACACAAACUCAACGUCAUUCUUCUAGGAAAAGCUCCAAACACAGGAGAUCUGGUUCUCAGGAUGAUUAUGAAGAUUAUGAACACAGAAAUGAAGUCAACAGAGACUGGUCAAUGGAGGACAGACAAGAACAUCACCAUGAAAAGAGGAAGAGUUAAAAACAAAAGAAGUUGGAGUCCCAUGAUGAUCAAGAUGACAAGAAUGUUCACUAGGAUCGAAAAGGAAUCGGGUUUUAUACAGACAGCAAGGGGACAAACAUCGUAAUAUUUUGAACUCUGGAUUCGGAUGAGCAUGUUGAGAGAUGGUUAGUAAUGCUGAUGAUGGCAGUGAUUGGUUGACACGAUGGCUGUGAAAGGACAUUGUAAUUUGUGACCCCAGAAUUGCAUUUUAGUGUCAACGUGGCUAAUUUACUAGAGGAUGGAACAAUCUGGUGUUUGGAAUUUCAGUUCGUGAUCAUCUUUUCCCAAGGUUCCCAUCUUUCCUGGAAUUUUUCAUUUCUUUUGGACCGUGGAAACUCGAGAAACUUGAUUUUAAUUAGUGGAGUUAUCAUGGGUCUCUUGAAGCUUCCAGAUUAUUGAUGUUUGAUUCAGGCCUCUCUAGCCAAAGUUUGAUUCUCACCAACUCGCUUUGGAAGGUUAAGGUUUUCUGUAAGGUAAAAGCUUUUAUUUGUACUUUGGUGCUCAACUUUGUGAACUCACGUGAUAGAUGCGUAGAACCAUUGUAUUAUAUCACGUGGUGCCAAAACUAAGAAAGGAGCUGGCAUCUUUAGUUCCAAACUUAAUCAAGAUGUGUGUGCGCGCGCGAGCGCGCGAAAUACUGAUUUGAUAAUAGAUCAUUUAUUAAUAAAAUGCACUCUGCGCUUUCUUGCUAGUGCUGUUCAGUGUUA